AUGACUGGCUCUGAAGGCCAGUUGGGUUUACUUUCAAAAGAGCCAGAGGACUGUUGUCAGUACAAGUACUGGGAUGCCUCAGGCCGAGAUACAACUCCACCCACCAGCAGGCCUGUUGCCCUGAAACCCCCUGAGUGCACAGCCACCCCAGGACCUGGCCCUGUCCAGCAGAGGGCCCAGGACCUGGCUCCAUACACCAGCUCUAGCCACGGGAUUUCCAGGGCCCUGCAGCCAGAGAUCUGGGACCUGACUCAGCCCACCAGUAGGUCUCACCCACCAGUGUGUAGGCACUGUCCCCAGGACCCCAUGGGCCCACAAACAGGCCAGAACACCAAUUCUGGGACCCCCAGGGCCCUGCAUCCAGAAACCCUGGGACCCAGCUUUGCCUACCAGUGGGCUGGCAGUAGCUCCGGGACCAGCCUUACCCACCAGUGGGUAGGCACCAGCCCCAGGAAAUCCUGGGUCCUGGUCCCACCCACAAGCAGACCAAGACACCAGUUCUGGGACCCACAGGGCCCUGUAGCCAGAGAAGAUAUAGUCAUUGACCUCGGGCGGCAGCGGCAGGAGAGGCGGCAGUGGUGGGAAGUGGCUGGAGCAGGGGGCAUUGUCAUCUCACCCUUCAGCCUGGAGGAGCUCAUCAAGCACCUAGCCUCGCUACAGCAGAACAAGGUGCUCAAGGUCCAGCUGGAGACCUACAAACUCAAGUGCAAGGCACUGCAGGAGGAGAAGCGCGGCUUGCGCAAAGCCAGUGUGACCAUCCAAGCCCAGGCUGAGCGGAAAGAAGAAUUCAUCAAUAACACUUUAUUCAAGAAAAUUCAGCCUUCACAGAAGGAGAAAGAAACCCUUGCUAUAAAUUACGAGAAGGAAGAAGAGGUCCUCACUAAUGAGCUCUCCAGAAAAUUGAUACAGUUGCAGCAUGAGAAAGCCGAACUAGAACAGCAUCUGGAGCAGGAAUUCCAGGUCAGCAAACUGAUGAAGAAAACUAAAAAACUGGAGAACGAUACCAUUUCUAAGCAGCUUACAUUAGAACAGUUGAGACGAGAGAAGAUUGACCUUGAAAGUACUUUGGAACAGGAACAAGAAGUACGAGUGAAUCGUUUCUGGAAAAGGAUGGAACUUGAAGCUGAAAAGCGAAUCCUGCAGGAGAAAUUAGACCAGCCGGUGUCUGCUCCCCCAUUGCCUAGAGACAUCUCCGUGUAGAUCGAACCUCCAGAAAACGUGAUGCGACACAUCAGGUCUUUAAAGAAUGAACUGGAGAAGCUGAAGAAGCAACUGAGUGCUGCCCAGUUACAGCAUUCCGAAAUAAUGGCGCAGUAUUUGGAGGAGGAACUUCACAUGAGGGAAGAGGACCUGAGAGGAAGCUGCAGAGGGAGAUGGAGAGGAGAGAGGCCCUCUGUCGACAGCUCUCAGAGAGAGUCCAGCUUAGAGAUGGAUGCUGAAAGGUAUUUUAAGGAGCUGUCUGCACAAGGAUUAAGACCUCACAUUGUGUGCAGCCCGAUCCCUUACACACCUUCUGCCAGUUAAAGCUGGCCGAUAUCACCCAGUCUCUCGUAUGCAAGUCACACACUUGGUUUCACGCCACCAACUUCACUGACUAGAGCCGGAAUAUCUUAUUACAAUUUCCCAGGUCUUCAUGUGCAGCAUAUGGGAGCAUUCCACGGUAUCACAAGGCCUUCACCGCAGAGAAGCAAGUCCUGAUCAAUUCAAAUGGCCCACGCUACCUCCGUCUCACAACACACAGACCCCUGUCCAGCCACUGCCACCUCCAUCUCCACCACCCAUGCAGCCCACAGUCCCCUCAGCAGGCACCUUGCAGCCUGCCCCCUCGCAACAGUCGGUUCACCCCUCCUCCCAGCCUUAAUGCAUGUGCUUAGUCCGAACCUCAUGUCGGCACACGUUCUUGUACAGUGGAGCCGAGCUGUCGACUCAACGCCAAAGGCUUCCUUCCCUGGCAUAUGAAUGUGAUUUAUUUGCACUGAGGUUAUCUAGGCUUCACUAUUCAUUAUGUUGCAAAUGUGUGUCGGAAACGCAGCCAGUGUUGUGGGUCUACAACUCUACACGGACGACUAUUUCCUUCGGUGUUUUACUUGAAUCUACAUGUGUGCACGUUCCCUGGCUGGGACGUUGGCUGUUCGACUGUUUGGUAGUUCAGCAGCAGUGUGCAAUU